CUGGCUCAGUUGCUUAGCUUCCCAUUGUCGCAAAGAAACAUAACUUAGUGUGUAAAAUUGUUGGGGUGUCCCUUUAAAACAAAGCACACAUUUCAAAAUUUUAAAUCGAUCUAUAUCAAUACACUGAUUUGACUUUAUUGAAUCUUUAGCUUAGGUUGCUUUUCAUUUUUUCCCUUCAUGUGGCAAAGGACACUUUUACCCACUGCCACCUGUCUGUAAUUAAGCUUCCACACCUGAUUUCAAUAAUCAGCUAAUGACAACCUGAAACCACAGGAUCCUUCAAAGCUCAGUCAUCAUGGACGUUUAGCAGCAACAUGUAAUUUUCAUGUAUUUUCCUGUUUAAAAUUUGUUCAAAAGCCAUAAAAAUUGAUCCUUGAAUGGCCUUUCUAAGUUAAUUCUUCUCUUUAUUUUUAAAACAAACAUGAAUGUAAACGGGGAAAAGAGGAAACGUCUGGAGGCCAUACAGGAAGAGUCCGAGCAGGGAGAUGAAACCGAAGGAAGCGAAACAGGAGAAAGAGAGGAGUGUGAGGAAGACUUUCACAUUCAAGUAGGUGUGGAGUCAGAAGAGGUAAUGGCACAAGAAGAGAGCGAUGAAGAUGAAGAUGAUGCACCUCUGCUGAGGCUCCUGAGACCUAGACGAAUGUCUCGUGACCUCAGGCAGGAGAGUUUUCUUCAAAUCCAAUCUACCAUCAGUCCCCAGGAGGAAACAGAGAAUUUUUCUGAGUCAGAUCCAAUGACACAUGCAGUGGAUUUAAGUGAUGAAGCUACCCCACCUCGGCAGGAAAGAUUAGGAAAUGAGAAGAGGUCCAGGAGUGGUGUGCUGAGAAGAAAGGUCCCCUUUAAGGCUUACAAGAUUCGAUGGCAAAAACCCACAUCAACUGAAGCACCAGUGCAGAAGAAGACAAACAAGAAAAGUGGCAAGACAGCAUCUCCAUUUGCGGAGCCGUUUCCUGAUUGGCUGGUGAGUCUGAUGGUCAACAUUGAGGAGGCAACAACUUACCAACUAGUGGUUGAGUAACACUCUGACAGGCCUUGCAGCGUGUCACAUGUAGGGCACGGCAACCAGUGGCCUUGUGCGGGAAGACUGAAUGUAGAGCACGCUUGUCACGGAUACAAUGCCCUUUUAAGAGUUGGCACUGCCACAGAGUAAAGUCCAUGUGUAAUGUACAAAGUCAGAUUAUUUUGUGUCAUCAUCAGUAAAAACAACAAAGUAGCUAUGGCACAAUAAUAAAAUACACUAGGGAGUGAUGACCGCAUGGUCAGAAACAUUUGUUCUUAUUGGAGUUAAUAUCAUAUUUUUGUAGUUGGGUUUUGUAUUGUGUUCAUUCAUUGUUUUGUUUUUUUCUUUCAUGCUAUUUUUAUUUAUACGGCAUGUGUGUCUCCCAUAAGAAAUACUUGUAAAAAAAAAGUAAAAGCAACUUGUAUGAUUGUACACUUGAUACUCUUGAUAGUUUUUACAAAAAAGUAAAAGGAAUACAGAGGGAAGCAACGACAGAGGGAGACAACGGCCGAUCUCUGAAAACAAGGAAAUAAAGGGAAACGAUGUCUGUUUGUGCCAUUGGAUGUCAGAAAAAAAAAACCUGUCCAUUCUUAUCGAUGACUUUGUCAAAGACUCCCUUUGAAGCUAGACUGAGACGUUUAUGGUUGCAAGCCAUUAAACAGACAGACUGGACCUAUGAAUACUAUACAUACAUAUAUGACCUUUUUAUGAGGGGCUCAUUUUUGGACAUCCCAUGAUAUUCUGUUUUUUUUUUUUUGUUAUUUUUGGACAAACUAUACUACCACAUGUAUCAACAGAAUAUUAUUUUCCAAUUUUAGGCAUUUUAAAAUUUGACAAUUUUUGACAAAAAUCGACAUGCGUAUGACUUUUUUUGAGGGUGUCAUUUUUUGGACAUCCCAUAAUAUGGUGUUUUUUUUUGCUAUUUUUGGACAAAUUAUAUUACCACAUGUAUCAACAGAGUAUAAUUGAGGUAUUUAUAGCAUUUUUAGGCAUUUUAAAAUUUGACCAUUUUGGACAAAAAUCGACAUACUAAUAAUAGAGAGAAACAAGAGUAACGAUGUCUGUGCUGUUGGAUCUCAGACACACAGCUCAACAUUAAAAAGCAGAGUGGCUGCAACCUGUGAUGAUCAGUUACAUUAGAGCAGGAAUUUGAAGUCUAGACAAUCCCAUAUGCAAUUAAUGAUAUAUAUCGGAGAAUUUCAGAUGAUUUCAGUGGUCCAGUCCGUCUGUUUGAUGGCUUGCAACCAUAAAUGUCUCCAUCUAGCUUCAAAGGGCAUCUUUGACGGAACUAAUCGAUAUCAAUGAACACCAGAUUUUUAUAAAACGUAUUUUCUCCAAACUGGUCUAUAGUUCUGUUUGUCUAAAAAUGGUCAUAGUGUAGAUUGUCCAAAUCUAUAUCUAUAAUCUAUAUCAUGUCUAACUAAUUUUAAUAAUCCUGAUAAAGCCAGAGGACCUGGAGACAACCCACGAUGACACAGGGAGAUCAUGCAAACUCCACACAGAAGAUUCGAUUCAGAUUCGAACCUUCUUGCUGUGAGGCAAAAGUGCUAACUAAUACACCACCGUGUAGUCCUUAGAUAUCAGUUGCCUGUUGAAAAGACAAACAGAACUUGAAAGGGGUCAUAUAAAGUACACAGCAUGAGUGGUGUUGUGUAUAUUACACAUUGAGGUAAAUUGAGGUAUUUGGCAUUUGCCAUACAUAGUUAUGACAAAUACUACACCAAGGAAACAAGCUGUUACUACCACCUUUCUUCAGACAAACAUGUUGUGAUUCUAACAGAGCAAUCCAUAAUGUUAGGGUUAUGCAACCCUAAAGGGGAAUGAUCUUGUUUAUCUGUCUACCCGAUAAGAGGAACCUUCACCAAAGAGACUGAAAGGACAAAUAGGGUUUUAGUGUGGAAAACAGUGUCAAAGCACAAUCUGUCAGCAUUACUUCACAGAAUAAGAGUCUGUCAACAACAAAAACAGAGUUUUCAUAAUGACCAGUAAUUAUCUCAUACCCUAUAACUCACUCCUUUGUGUAGUAUUACCUAUUGUGAAUGUUGUUCAUUUCUUCUUUAUUGAUACAUUUCUUCAAACAGCUGUAUUGUUUUCAUGACCUCCAAAGUAAAGACAGAUUUCAGUAAUUUGGUCGACCAAAAAACAGGGUUGUUUUGAUGUACAAUCACUUUAUGUUCCAAAGUCAAUGUUGACAGCGGACCUUGUGAACUUAGAUCUACGCACGUCAAGCAGGGUCAUCUACCGCUUCAAGCGGCUUUGUCAAAAAUAUUUUAUAUCUGUCAGCGUGUCAAUCAUUAAUGCCUCUGGAGGCCAGAUGUUCAUAUAAAUACUGCCGGUUCGCAGAAGUCAGUUUAGAGAGAAAAGUACAGUCAUACUGAGCAGCCAGCAGAGAAAGAAGAGAAUACUUAUCUGAAGACUCAAGAUGCCUGGAUUACAUGAGAAGCUGACUUUGGUGGCAGCAGUGGCUCUAGUUGUCUUGGCUGCGGUGAGGGCGUCUCCAGUGGUGGGACCGGAGCCCAUCAGAUGUGCUGCCUGCACUCCAGAGAAACUCAACGACUGUCCUGCCAUCCCAGCAGACUGCAGCCAGGUGCUGAGGGAGCCUGGCUGCGGCUGCUGCAUGGCCUGCGCUCUGGCGAAAGGAGCAUCCUGUGGGGUUCACACAGCCCACUGUGAGACUGGUCUCCGCUGCACUGCUAGGCCCGGUGAGGCCAGGCCGCUCCAUGCUCUGACCAGAGGACAAGGAGUCUGCACUGAAGACCUGGGCCAAGAGGAAGCUGACCACAGCUCCCUGCACUACCUGUUGAGUCUCAACCUUCCCUUGGAUCACCAAGACACUGCAGAGAACCAAGAGAGCAUCAAGGCCAAGGUCAAUUCGAUCCGCAACAAACUGGCACAUGAGGGUCCUUGUCACAUUGAACUGCAUGCAGCAUUGGACAUGAUAUCCAGCUCUCAGCAGAAACAAGGAGAGAAGUUCACAACUUUCUACCUCCCCAACUGCGAUAAGUACGGCUUCUACAAGGCCAAGCAGUGUGAGUCAUCUCUGGUUGGACCGCCCGCUCGCUGCUGGUGUGUGUCUUCCUGGAAUGGGAAGAAGCUCCCAGGGUCGAGUGACCUGCUUGGUGACUCAGAGUGUCAUCAAGAAGUCACUCACUGAAGGAUGGACUCUGUUAUAACACAUAAACACAAACAGAUAUAGACACAAGCAAACAUAUUCCAUAAAGUGGAAGAGAGAGGGUCCAUGAACUGACUUCCUUUCAUAAAAACGCACUCAUUCACACAAAAUGUUAAAUCCUAUUUCAGAGGAGGAAAUUUCCUCUCAUUUUAUUUACAUUAUGUAUGUAUGAAGACUUAUUUAUUCUUACUAGCAUCAACCAUUUGUCAUUUUUAGAUUUUUUAUAUGUUUGCCCAUUUUCCCCCCGAUUGUAAAUAGGGCAACACUGUAUACAUUUGUGUUUCUGACUAAAUAACUCCAUUGCUCAAAAACCACAGGUCCACAGCUCUGCCAAGCCAAUUUCAGAGUCUUCGGGAUUGGCUUUUUUCUUUUUUUUAAAUUCAUUCAAAACUGGAGCUGUGCACUGCACGAAACAACACAGCCGCUCAUUCAUUCAACGUGUUGACAUUGUCUGAAUGUAUCUCCAUUGGCGUUUCCUCAAUGGGUAUUGGGGGAAAUACUUAAAGUGCCGCAGGUAUGUGCACGGUGGCCAAACACAAACAUAUCAGGGCUCAUCCAAGCCACCUUGAGGUCUGGGAUGGGUUGUUCUGCAUUUGUCUACCUCUACUAGUCUCAGCAGGUUUAGCAGAAGGUUUCUGAGGGCUCUUCUCAGCUACACCUUUCUCACGUUAAGAGAUUUUAAAAAAAAAUGUUUAAGCAUCUAUUCAAGUAUUUAUUGUGAUUCAAUCAUGUGUUUAUGCUUUUGUUUGUUGUCAAGAGCUCAUGUGCAGUGCGGUGUUUUUAAAUGCUAUUUACCAGGAAUGCUGCUAUUCCAUUAUUAUGUUAUCCGUUUUGUUGAAACCAUGUAUAUAUUCUUCUAAUUCUGUGGAUGUGCAUCCAAUAAAGAUGUUAUU